UUAUUUUGAAAAAAUCCAACCGGAUGUGGUCCUUCAGCAGAGCAAAAUCGAUGCGACUACGAUUGUCGACACCUAGUUCUACUAGAGCGGUCCCCAUUAAACAUAAUAAUCGGGUAGCGUCUCGGAGCGUGAGGAUGAAGCGGUUCCGGAAGACGGCGAGCGGCCUGUAGCGGCAGACCUCCGCCGCCGCUCGUCUCUGGCUCAGAUGCGGUUCCUGCUCGGUGGGCGAAGACGGUAAACUGCGUGUCCGCAAGCUAACCGAGGACCAGCAGCGAGGCUCGAGGACCGGGGCGGUGGUUCGUCCCACCAUGCGUGAAAACUCGAGCGUAUUGUUCAGGAAGUGAGGUGUCAUUUGGGUGAGACUGUUUGAAAGCGCAGGACUAUGGCCAGCAGGAGGAAGUCAAGCACACCGUGCAUGGUCCUGCCGCUCCGCGAAGCGACUCCGGAGGCAGAGGCCGAUGUGGACGAGGGAAUGCAGGUGUCGCGCAGCAACGAGGCGGAGCUGAAGCGUUUUGUGGAAGUGAGCGCGGCGGAGGGAGGCUACGAAUGCAAAUACUGCAGCUUCCGGACGUCCGACCUGAACCUGUUCACCACGCAUGUGGACGCCGAGCACCCCGACAUUGUCAUCAACACCUCGUACGUCUGCGUACAGUGUGACUUUCACACCAAGAGCUACGACGCCCUGCAGGCCCACAACGCUCGCCUUCACCCAGGCAAGGAAAACUUCACUCGCACCAUGGUGAAGCGAAACAACGAGACGGUCUUCCAGCAAACGGUCCCCGAGCUGGCCCUUGACGGGGGCCAGGUCAAGCCGGAGGACGAUGGCGACGACGCCUCCUCACGUGGUAUCGCGCUCAGUAAGACGCCAAUCAUGCGGACUAAAAGCAGACUGGAGGUGAAGAAGUUCGGGGGGUCGCACAGCCUGGAGGCUGAUGAUGUCAUCAAACUGGAAAGCGACGACGAGAACGAGGAGAACAUGGAGCCACCGUCGUUGUCGCCGGCACCGAUGGCCACCCCCCCUCCCGCGACCCCGCCAGUGCAGGCGGCCCCACCGAGCUUGGUGGUCAAUAGCGCCAACAUCCUGCAGGUUAAAGGAGGCGCAGGGGGCGUGCUGUCUCCUGGGACUCUGGCCCAGGUGUUGUCAGCACUGCAGCAACAGCAGAGCAGCACUCAGACGCAGCUGCUCAUCCCAGUCAGCAGCAUUCCCACCUAUAACUCCGCCAUGGACAACAACGUCCUGCUAGUCAGCGCCUACAACAGAUUUCCCUACCCAUCGGUGUCGGAAAUCUUGGGAUUGUCGUCGCAGACCAAGUUCUCAGAGGAGCAGAUCAAGGUCUGGUUCUCUGCCCAGCGGCUCAAACAUGGAGUCAGCUGGACUCCGGAGGAGGUGGAGGAAGCACGAAAGAAGAAGUGUAACGGGGCGGUGCAGCAAAGUGCCGCCACCACCAUCACGGUCAUCCCGGCUAACAUGACCUCCCCCAAUGGCAACAGCCUCCCGUCCAUCUUCCAGACGUGCCAGAUCGUCGGCCAGCCAGGGCUUGUGCUCACGCAAGUACCCGCUAAUGCUGGUGGCAGCGUGCCCAUCGCCUCGCCCAUCACUUUGGCAGUCGCUAAUGUGCCAGGAAAUGUGCCGAAAGCUGCCGAACCGCUGCCCACGGAUUCCAAGAUGGAAGUGUCUGCCACCGCGCCGCUGAGCUUCGAUGCACUAUUGAAGCCGAAGAAGUCUAAGGAGCAGCUAGCUGUGCUCAAAGCUAGCUACAGCCGGAGACAGUUUGCUACUGAUGCUGAGAUUUCCCGACUCAUGCAGGUGACCAAACUGUCCAAGCGUGCCAUCAAGAAGUGGUUCAGUGAUACGCGCUACAACCAGAGGAAUGCCAAGGACCACCACCAGGGUGCGCCGCUGAGUGCCAGCCCCUCUGGCCGGCGCGGCCGAAGUCCUUGCGGUCCCUUCAAUGAAAACUCUGCUCCUGGCACCAUCAUCAUUGAUUCCAGUGACGAUGCCAGCGACUCCUCCCCGUCUGGUUCUGCCGCCGCUCCUGGUUCCUCGCGGAUAAAGGUCCGACACGCCUUUCCUGACUUUACGCCACAGAGGUUCAAGGAGAAGACAGCGGAGCAGCUCAUGAUUCUGGAGGCGAGUUACAGCCAAUGUGACACGCCCCUCGAUGAUGAGUUGAGCCGCCUGCGGGUGGCCACCAAACUCACCAGACGGGAGCUGGACGCUUGGUUCACGGAACGCCGCAAAGUAUCUCAACAUGGAGGCAUGGAGGUCGACGGUGAGAGUCCCAAAACGGUCGCCUCCCAAAAUAGCAAAAAGAUCCCAAAGAAGACGGCAGAGCAGCUUCACGUCCUCAAGAAGGCGUUUGUGAGGACGCAGUGGCCGACCGCUGAGGAGUACGACAAGCUAGCUGAGGAUAGCGGACUGCAGAGAUCGGACAUUGUCAACUGGUUCGGCGACACGCGCUACGCCUGUAAGAACAGCAGCCUGAAGUGGUACUACCUCUACCAGAGCGGGAAGGUUGACGAGGCGCUGAACGGCGGCGGGCGAGCCCAGAAGAAAGCAAGGAAGAGGUUCAGAGGCUGGUCGAGGAGGACCAGACGCCCCAAUCCUAGCAAAGGCUCACCACAAGGGGGCGCCACGCCCAUAAAGGUUAAGUCGGGUCGAGACUUUCUGAAGGACUACUACCUCAAACACGGAAGUCUGAGUGAGAAGGACCUGGACGACCUGGUGGCCAAGUCCAACAUGAGCUACGAGCAGGUGAGGGACUGGUUCAAACAGACCCUGCAGCGAGCCCAGGAGGGGAAGGAGCUCUUCAGCGACCAAGAGGUGGAGGAGGAGCACGAGGAGAUGGAGGAUCAGGAAGAGGAGGAGGAAGAAGAAGAAGAGGAGGAGGAGGAGGAGGAGGAAGAAGAGGGGGAGGAGCCAGAGCAAGGCGAGGAAGACCGGUCGACAGCAGAGGAUCCAGGCCAUUCUGAGUCAGAAGAGGCCAUGGAGGAGGAGGAGUCGGAGUCAUGAUCGACGAGCGAGUUUCUAAUGAGGCUCCCAGAAGGUGGUGAAGCCUUCAAAAAGACAAGACUUCUACAUUUUUACAGACUCUUGUAAGUUACUGCGGUCAGAUGCUGCAGAAGACUUCACGGAACGACUGAGGAAAAAGGACAAAAACGGAGUGACAACUGGCCUUUUCAUACUUUUUUCUGUUUUGCUAAAUUUUGUAUGAAAAAUAUUUUGAAAAAGCUCUUGUAACGGUUUCUCUGUUUCGACAAAAUAUCUACUGUUACGGUUUGUUUGUAAAUUGGUGCCGUCUUGUUUUUGAUACCUUUUUAUUGACUUUGUCAAGCUAUCGUUAUUUUGUACCAGCUUUCCAAAAAGUUGAAAUUUGUGCCAGAAAUAGAAUGUGGAGACAAAUUCCGGAAUAUUUUAAAACCCGUGAACGGACUGAAGACUUUUUUUUUCGCCGUCAACCUGAACGUUACCUCACCGAGACGACAGUUUUACCUCAAGACUGUGAGCAUGAAUCCUAGAUGAUGUACGCAACGUCUGAAAUAUAACUGCUGUUACUGAACAUGAUAUCAAAUGCAGCGCAAUGUUUUGGGACAAGACGGAACCACUCUUGGAUGUAAACAAAAUGCCUGUGAGUUUUAAGGUGACAUUAAGCUUUUUGGUUUCAGUGGAUGAAGCAGCACACGGCUGCAUUUAGGAGAGAAUCUUGGCGUUUUUCUUCUUCGUUUUUCAGAAGGAACUGGUUUAGUUUGAUGAUCUUCAAGGAUAUUUCUAAAGACGGUUAUAUCGCUGUAGUGCUGAUGCCACGACGUGUUUCCUGCUUUCUCUCACACACACAUUACUCUGAACGUCAGCUGUCACAAACAGUACAAAUUUCUAAAAUACGGGUAAAGGAGAUGUUUGGCUUUCCACCGAAAUAAGAUAUACACACUUCUGUUCUUGCCAGCACGGAUCACAAACUUCCUUAUUUAUUUAUUAUUUCUGUGCUUUGUGUUUGUCUGCGAUCAGAAGAAUAAAACAAUAAAACCACUUUUGCUUUCAAUGUUUU